UCAGCAUUUCACUUUCACUUCCUUUUUGCGUCCUCCAUUGUGCUCAGCAUUGUGCGACUUGCUUGCAAUGAGCCGUGUACACGCGAGCCCUGCAGGAGCGCUGCGCCGCUGUCAAUGUGAUACCGAUUCCCUCCGACAACAAAAGCGCACACACACGCAUGCGCCGUUGCUGGUGGCGCGGCCGAACGUUCGCCUGCGUUUCCUUUCUGAAAACAAAACUUUCCCGACGCUCGCAUCCACACUCGGUCGGCCUCGUCUGCACUCGGACGGCACAGAAGAAUCGGACCGUCGCUCCGGGUCGCCUUUGGGAAGUAUGUACAGCUUCAUGGGAGGCGGCUUGUUCUGCGCCGGAGUGGGAAACAUUCUCCUGAUCGUCUCCACGGCAACCGACUAUUGGAUGCAGUAUCGCCACUCCAGCAACUACAUGCAUCAGGGCCUUUGGCGCUACUGUGUGCCCGGCAAGUGCAUGACACACACCGACAGCAUCGCGUACUGGGACGCCACGCGGGCCUUCAUGAUCCUGUCCCUGCUGGCGUGCUUCAUCGGCAUCGUCAUCGGGGUCAUGGCCUUCAUCCACUACUCGUCUUUUGACGGCUUCGACAAGACCUUCGCCGCCGGAAUCCUCUUCUUCAUUUCCUGUUUCUUCGUGCUGCUGGCCAUGGCGGUGUACACGGGGGUGACGGUCAACUACUACGGCAAGCGCUACGGGAGCUGGCGCUUCUCCUGGUCCUACAUCAUGGGCUGGGUGGCCGUGGUGCUCACCUUCUUCUCAGGUAUCUUCUACAUGUGCGCCUACCGCAUGCACGAAUGCCCCCGGAAUUCCAACUCGCGCUGACCUCCACGAGACACCCACGUGAACCCCACCAUCAAUUCCUCUUCCUCUUUAAGACUCAUGAAUAUUCA